UUCUAAUUUUUGUUUUAGCAAACAAGUAAAGAGAGCAUGGCUUUGCCUCAAAGCCAUUCUGAGAACAAAUAUAAACUUGUUUGGAAAGGAUUCUCACACUAUAAAUUCUGCUCUGCCAUCAGAAACAAACAAAGAAGCCCAGAAAGAAAGGAGGUCGAAAAUGUAUAAGUCGAAGCUGCAGGAGCUGUGCCACCUGAGAGCAUGGGACCUGCCUGACUAUGUCACCGCAAAAGAAGGACCCGAUCACAAUCCCUGCUUUCAGGCUACCGUCACCGUUAAUGGCCUUUCCUUCCAUUCUCAAUCUCCGACCAAAUCUUCUAAACGCGCCCAAAAUGACGUCGCUAAGCUUGCCUUUGAUUACUUUUGGCUCGCUCGCGCCACCCCUCCUCCUCCUCCUCCUUCUCCUCCUCCUACUCCUCCUCCUUCUCCUCCUCCUACUCCUGCUCCGCCUGUUUCCUUAAGCACAGGCGCUGGUUUCAGCAGUAAUAUUUCAUCUGGAGAGACAUUACAGUUUAAAGUAGAAGAAACAAAUCAAAUUCCUGAGGUGAAUGGGCCAACUACAAUAGCUAAAGACGAUGGCAUUUUCACAGAUAUGCAGCAUUUGUACAAAAACCAGUUGCAGAGCUAUGCUCAAAAGAGAAAUCUCACUCUCCCUGUGUAUUCUUGUGAGCGUGUGGGUCCUCCUCAUAAUAGUCGCUUCAAUUGUAAGGUCACAAUUGAUGGGCAAACCUAUGAGAGUCAGGAGUUCUUUCCCACUUUAAGCAAGGCUGAACAUGCUGCUGCAAAAGCUGCAUUGAUGUCACUGGCAUCGAAUGGAGUUGAAGAGGAUGAAUCUGCUUACAAGAAUCUUUUACAAGAACUGGCUCAGAAAGAAAGUUAUCGUUUGCCAACUUAUAGCACAGUUAUAUCUGGUGAAGGUCAUAGACCAACUUUUGUUUCUACUGUGAAUAUAGGGGGAGAGCUGUUUACUGGGCAGGAAGUGAGAACUAAGAAGCAGGCAGAGUUGAGUGCAGCAAAGGUUGCUUACAUAGCUCUAAAACAGCGCAACUCAAAGCAGGGCCCUAUGGUUUCUAGUUCUUGUAACUCAAGUCUUGGACCUGUAGCUUCCUGCUCUGGAAACUCAAGUCAGAGCUCUAUGCCUUCCUGUUCUGGCAAUUCAAGGCAGAGCCCUGUGGCUUCUUGUUCAGCAAAUUUAAGUCAAAGUGCUCCUUGUCCGACCCCUCCUCAGCAAGGACAAAAGGUUAAUCAGUUCACUACUUAUAGUUCGCGGUUGAAUCUCGCUGCUUUUCUUCAACAGAAUGUUCAACCUAGAAUGCCCGGGCAUGAUGACCAAGCUGAAGAGGAUGAAGCUGCUGAUGUUGUUAGUCGUGAUCCUCCCAUUGCAUCUCCAGGACCAGAAAGCAGCUCAGUUGUGAAUAGAAUACCAUCCGUAUCUUCUUUGCCUGAAUCUGGCAUGUCCUCAUCUUCCUCACUUUCUGAUUCCUCCACCUAUUCAGCUGUAAGUAUUGAGCAUCCGGUAGGAACAAAUAUUUUAUGCCACACCAAGGUUAUUGUUCACCCACGCGGGACAAACAUGACAUAUCCUCCAGGCAGCAUCGUCUUGUCCAUGAGCGAUGACAACUGGGUUGCAGUGCGUACACCUCAAUCCAGUGAGUAAAAUCUAAGAGGGCAAAAGAAAUUGUUGCCCAUAAUUGUCAUCUCUCGAAGUGGACUUCGGAUACUCACUAAAUUCAGUUAUGCUGAAUGCAUUUGAAGAACUUUCUGUUUUUUUUUUUUUUUUCUUCCUGGAUAAAAUAAGCAAAAAAUGCGAAGGCAUCAAUGAUUACUGGAUGAAUCAUUCAAGUAUUUCAGAUAUUUUCUUACUCUUGCAGUAUUUUAAACAAUAAGAUUGUACUUGAAACAUUUUAGUACUCUAUUACUAGUGAUCUUACAAGCGUCAGAAAUGUGAAACGUAUAAUUCCUGAAGCUUAA